AUGGGCAUCGAGCGACACCGUCAGCUCCAGAAGAUGAGCCUCAGUUAUGCUUCCAACCCCCUCUCCCACUCCCAGCCCAACCCUAUCCACCUCCUCGCCAUCGAAACCCUCGGCACCGAUUCCCUGGCUGCCGCUGUCGCGAAGAAGUCACUCGUCUCCCUCCCCAAAAUCACCUCCCAGGCUACUUCUCUGGGCGCCAUCCGUGUCUCCGAACGCACUUUCCAAUAUGCUAUCGCCCCGCCGCAGGGUAUUGCGGUGCAUAGUGCUGUGCUUUCGGACGCGGAUGCAGCAAGGGGUGUGCUGCGUCUUGCUGAUGAUCACCGGACGCUUGUUGAGCUUGCAUGCGGCGUAUGUGUUGAGGCUGCCGUCGGUGACGCGGCGAGAGCUCGGUCAUCGGCAUCCUCCGACGCUGCCCUCACAUCUGGACUGAAGAAGCGGAAGAGGGAGGACGGCGACUACCCUUCCCAUCGGGAUGAAGGCUACGGGGAUGAUAGGUCCUCAGCGACCGAGAACGAGACGGAGUCGGACGCAGGCAGUGAAAUCCAAUCCAAGCUCAAGCAGCUUGUGCCUGGCUUGAACGCCGACAGCCGAGUGGUGAUCAUUGUGUGUGGUGGAAGUAAUAUUACGAUUGAUAUGGCGGCGGAGUAUAAAAAGCUGCUUAAUGAAGGCUGGGGAAACGAGUAA